AUGGCAGUGAAUCACGAGUGUGCCAACCUGUCCUCGUUGCCCGAUGAGGUCAAAAAACUACAACAAAUGAACGACAAAUUGUUUGCCCAAAUGCAAGGAUGUGAUCUGAGACGACUGAGUGAGAGUACCACAUUCCGCAACGGUUGCCUUUCUCGUCCCGAAUCCCAGUCCACUCUACUCACGGUCCGGGAUCCAGGAACGCCUCAAUCAGUGCAAAAAUCGCCGCACACAUGUGAUCAUCCGAGCAAUAGUUUGACCCUGAGCAAUCUCUCCUCGUCCUCAUCAACACACAGUCCGAAUCAUGUGAAAAUGGAUGAAAAUUCCUCCUCCAUCGGUUUGACUGUUCGCGCCGGAUCCACUGUCAGUCCGCCGCCGGGAUUCGUGAAUCCAUUGGACUAUUCCACGCAUCCCAGAUCGUCAGAUCCUUGUCGUGGCGAUGAUGGUCCUGUUACUGGGGGCAGUUCUGGUGGAGCCGGUGGCGGUGGCGGUGGAAGCAGUGGCGCAAGUGGAGGACACACAUCUACACGAGUCUCACCAGCAAUGAAAUCCGGAUCAAGUUGUGCUUCCUACAUUGGUUCGUUCAGUUCUUCCAGUUCCCCGUCCCCUUCGUUGCCGGAUACCUGUUCUGCCUCGUUUCAUCCAGAUCCAACUUCGACAUGGAAAUCGUUGGCGUGCAAUACACCUCCAUUCCAUGCGGCUAAAAAACCGUGUCUGGGUUCGACUACCACUACUACCGGUCCGAUGAACACAAUGACUGACUACGGCGGUUCGUUCCGGUCCACAAUCUCCGAACUAACCGGACAUUCGAUGAACUCGGGCCCCGCAAUCCCCGGACCGGAUAAGACACCGAUUAAACGUCGUGGGCGAAUGCGAAAAGAUGCAUUCCCAACCAAAGGUUGUCUAAUGGACCCAAACGAACCGACCACAAAUGGUGGACUUAUGGGUCACGAGGUAUUAUCCUCCGCACGAACGACAACCUCAAAUGCAACCAGCGGUUUGGGUCCGAAGAAAAUGCCUGACCAGUUGAAAAGCUCUUUGAAGCGUCAUAUGCCCGGUACCCUGGGUGUGACAAACAGUACCCGCGGUAAUGUUUCCACGGCGGCCUACAAAUAUCUGACCUGGCGCGAGAAAGAUCGACGACGACGAUUCCGUGAAGAGUGGAAACAUUUGUGGUUGGUCAUUCCGUACGGACGAUAUGAA